AUGGACAGGACGCGCAGGUUCAUUUUUGCAAUAAUCUCAGCUGUUGUCCUAUGCAAACACUCCCAGGCUGAAUGGAAUGCCACAAAAGCCCCAGCGAAUAGGACUGUGUCCUGCGAGCACCAUGCAAACAGCAGCAACUGCACAGAUUCAAAAGAUGAGCAGAAAUGGAGUGGACACUUCUCUGCCUGUCCAAAAGAAUACAAGCAUUUCUGCAUUCAUGGUGUUUGCCGUUUCAUAGAGGAGCAGAACACGCCGUCAUGCAGAUGCGAAAAAGGAUAUAUUGGAUCAAGGUGUGAAUAUCUUGAUAUUGAUUUCCAUGUCGGAGAGCGGAGGAAAAUAGUCAUUGCGUGUGUGGUCGCAGGAUUGGUGUUUCUGAUUCUGCUCAUCGUUUUCAUUUGCGUCUGUACACAUAAACGAUAUAGACCAUGUAGAAAAAAGAAGAGAAAGAAGCAAACAAUUGAUGAAGAUGACAAGCACACUCCGCUAAACGCACAUGAAGGGGUUCCAGCUGACACAUCCAACACAAAUGCUGUAUGA